AAUUUUCUAGUUGCGCCUCUCCAUCUAACACCUUCUUGUCUUGCCGGCUGCUGCCUGUUGCUUGCUGACAUCUACAAGGCUAAAGCCCCUUCAGUUUCUGCUCCUAGUUUUUAACGAAAAACAAUACAAGAACCAAACAUAAAACAAGCAAGAAUGUUGUCAAUUAGAUCAAUCUUUAGACCACAUAUAAGACUAAAUUCUAUCACUCUCUCCUCAUUAAGUUAUUCAUCCUCUUCAGCUGCAGCAAUUCAAGCUGAAAAAACUAUCAAAGAUGGUCCAAGAAAUGAUUGGACACGUGAAGAAAUCAAGGAUGUUUAUGACUCUCCUCUUCUUGAUCUCCUCUUUCAUGGGGCUCAAGUUCAUAGAUAUGCUCAUAAUUUUAGAGAGGUUCAGCAAUGUACUUUGCUUUCCAUAAAGACUGGUGGGUGCAGUGAGGAUUGUUCUUAUUGUCCUCAAUCUUCAAGGUAUGAUACUGGAGUCAAGGCUCAGAGGCUUAUGACUAAAGAAACUGUUAUGGAGGCUGCUAAAAGGGCAAAAGAGGCUGGCAGCACUCGUUUUUGCAUGGGUGCUGCUUGGAGAGACACAAUAGGAAGGAAGGCGAACUUUAACCAGAUCUUAGAUUAUGUGAAAGACAUCAGGGAUAUGGGCAUGGAGGUUUGCUGUACCUUGGGCAUGCUAGAGAAGCAGCAGGCUGUAGAACUGAAGAAGGCUGGUCUUACAGCUUAUAACCAUAAUCUUGAUACCUCAAGAGAAUAUUACCCAAACAUCAUCACUACAAGAUCCUAUGACGAACGCUUGGAAACCCUUGAACAUGUCCGUGAAGCAGGAAUUAGUGUCUGCUCAGGAGGCAUAAUAGGGCUUGGAGAAGCAGAGGAAGACCGAGUUGGUUUAUUGCAUACGUUGGCAACCCUCCCUACUCACCCAGAGAGUGUUCCAAUCAAUGCAUUAGUUUCAGUGAAAGGCACACCUUUACAGGAACAAAAGCCAGUUGAAAUAUGGGAGAUGAUUCGAAUGAUUGGCACAGCACGUAUUGUAAUGCCGAAAGCAAUGGUCAGAUUAUCAGCCGGGAGAGUUCGUUUCUCAAUGUCUGAGCAGGCUCUUUGCUUUCUUGCUGGUGCCAAUUCUAUCUUCACUGGCGAGAAGCUACUGACAACACCUAACAACGAUUAUGAUGCUGAUCAACUUAUGUUCAAGGUUCUCGGUUUGAUUCCAAAAGCUCCCAGUUUCUCUGGAGAGGAAGAGAAGGCUUGUGAAGCAGAACAAUGUCAGGAAGCAGUUUCUAGUUCAGGUUGAAAUUACUAGUUAGAAGGGCGUCUAUAUCCAAAUUAGUCCAGGGUUAUUGCUUUAAUAGAUUCCUUUUUUCCUUGGAUAAAAUUCUCUCACUCAUGGCACGCAACAGAUUUGGAUUAGUAUUGCAUUGUUAUUGCUUUAAUUGUAUCCAAUUUUUCUUAUGUU